AUGACUCCGUGCGCACUAGCUCUUAUGGGGAAAUUGGGACUAGCUCUUCUUCGAGGAGUUGAAAUCCUUGUGGGAAUCAUGGAUUCCGUACUUCAAAAUUUGAGAGAUCUUCUGCAGUAUACAGUUCCAGUUGAGGACCUUGAAAUAAAUGCAACAUUCUUGAAGAACUUCAUUCUUUUUGCCAUGUCUCGAGGACUUGACCACGGGCAGAUGAAAGAUCUGUUGAUACACAUUGAAGCCUUGGUUCUUGAUGGUGCUCGCUUCACAUUCAUGUCAUGGUAUGAUCUCUAUCAUAAACAGCAGUAUGGUCUCCACCGUAAGAUGAUGAAUAACAUUUACCAACUUAUUGAUAGAAUUAAGCCUUAUGAGUCGCAUGUUGGCAGAAUUUAUGUUGCUGUCCUUCAGGAAGCUUCCAAGUCAGAGUUAUACCAUCAUCCCUUCACAAGAAGUCAUAGGGUUGUGUUGGGGAACUUUGUCGAUUCCCUCCUCAUUCUGCUUGCGGAUCUAUUUGUUUUGGGUACAAGUCAUGUGAACAAGUUUUACCACCAAAUGCAGAAUCUCUUAGAGGAAAUGACCUUUUUGAGAACUAUUUUAAGAGAGCACCACAUUGAGACAAUGCAGCACCUUAUUGAAGUUGUGAUUUGUGAUGCAGGUAUCUUAAUUUUCAAUCUUUUUGUAGAAAGUGAAGAUGACGGAGCCUUGAUUGAAAAAUUGGAGCUUCUUUUUUCAGAUUUAGAGGAAAAGUUUAAACUUAUCUUGCCUCAGACCAGUGUGGUGGGAUUCGUUGAUUCUGUUUUGGGAAAAAUGAAAUUAGUUAGUGGUAUUGAUGGUGAUUCAGGUGCUUGGAUAAGGGAUAACCUCCAAAGUCUCCACGAUGAUCUUACAUAUUUAAGAUCUUUGCUGGCAACUCUUAUGGCGCAGUGCAACCUAAAUGAGAAGCUCCAAACACUCAAGAACCGCAUUGUUUUAAUAACCAAGGAAACUGACUUUGUCCUCGAUUCUUCAAACUCUCAAACUCUAGUUUGGCGACUGAAUACCAUCAUGGAAAAUGUCAAACUUACUAAGGCUGAUGCUUUGGAAACUUACAGUAAGAUGUCUUUGGAAAGGGAGAUCCCAAUGUCAAAUGAGCAUGUGGUGGGCUUGGAUGAUGCAGCACGAAGGAUAACUGAUGUACUCGAAAGAGGAACAAGACAUGUAGACAUUAUUUCCAUUGUGGGUAUGCCUGGAUUGGGGAAAACUACAUUGGCUAAGAAAGUUUACAGUGAUCCUGCUAUCACCCUCCACUUUCAUAUUCGUUCAUGGUGUCAUGUUUCUCAAGUAUAUACAAAGAAGAACAUGUUGCUUGAGAUUUUGCGUGGCGCUUGUAACAGUAAGCUUCUUGACAAACACUUCCUUAUGAACGAUGAUGAUUUGGCAGAGGAGCUCUGCAAACAUUUAAAGGGAAAAAGAUAUCUAUUCGUCUUGGACGAUGUUUGGGAUAUUGCAUCUUGGGAAAGCUUGAAGAACUCAUUACCGGAUGAUAAUACUGGAAGUAGAAUUCUCCUGACAAGUCGAGAUCACAGGGUAGCUUUACAAAUAAAUUCAGAUGGAAAACUACACCAUCUUCGUUGGCUCAACGAUGAUGAGAGCUGGAAACUACUGCAGAAGAGGCUGUGUAUUGGAGAAGACUGUCCUCCACAAUUGGUCUCCCUUGGGAAGGAAAUAUCACAGAAUUGCAAGGGAUCACCACUGAUGGUUCUAGUGGUUGCUGGGCUUCUUUUAAACAUGCAGCAAGCCACUUGGGAAGAAGUUGCAAAAAGCUUGAGAGGGGGUACUUUAUCUAUCACAGAACAAUGUAGGGAGACUUUAGAAUUGAGCUUUUCUCAUUUGCCACAUUAUUUGAAACCUUGCUUUCUUUAUUUUGGUGCAUUUCAUGAAUGCCUAAAAAUACCCGUCCGGAACUUGUUGUGGCUUUGGAUUGCUGAAGGACUCGUGGAGAAAACUGAAAGAGCUCGCCUAGAGGAUGUUGCUGAGGAGUACAUGAUGGAGUUGACUCAAAGAAGUUUAGUUAUGGUUGCUGAGAAAGGGUCUAGGGGCAGGGCCAAAUCUUGCAUCCUUCAUGACCUUUUGCGUGACUUCUGCAAGGCAAAAUGCAACGAGGAGAACUUUCUGCACAGCUUCAAUGGAAAUCUAGUUAAUACUAUUGAGCCAAGAAUUUUGUACGGGUUGCAUAUUUACCCAAGGAGAGACGAUUCACCCGAUUCAAGGCUUUGUUGUCCUCGUUUACGCACUCUUCUGGUUGUUUCUGAUGAUGAAACAUGGUAUCAAAGACAUCGGUAUAAUAUCUUGUACAAGGGUUGUGAGUCUGAACUCUUACAAUUCCUGGACUUAAAGAGACUCAGCAUUGCGCCUUUUUUCCCAAGAGUAGUUGAAUUACAUUUUCAAUUGAGGUACUUGGCCUUGGCGUUGUAUAUUGAAGGUGAGAUACUGACCAUCCCAUCAUCAAUUGCUAAUCUAUCAAAUCUGCAAACUUUUAUUGUUGAAGGGAGUGGACUUCGUGUUUCAUUGCCAGAUACUGUGUGGAAUAUGGAGAAUUUAAGGCAACUGUGUAUUUCUGAGUCUGCUUGUUGGGAGUUGUCUCAAGAAAGAACUAAAAACCACUCCAAUCUAGAAACUCUUUCCACUGUAAGUUUUCCUUGCGGCCAUAAAAUGGAAGAGGUAAUGAGAAAGUUUCCCAAUAUCCGAAGACUUAGAUGCAAUCUUGUUAUGGCAGGAGCAUGCACUGGUGACUGCAAGGUUCUGGCACUAGACUUUCUGAGUCAACUAGAAUCACUCACUCUCUCUCAAAUUCACAAGGAAUUUCAUGACUUGAGCUUUCAUUUUCCCAGAAAUCUAAAGAAGCUAGUUCUGUCAAACUUUUUGCUUCCUUGGAGUAAAAUUUCUUUAGUUGAUGGGCUACCAAAUCUCGAGGUUCUUAAGUUACUGGAGAAUGCAUUUGCAGGGAAAUUAUGGGACAUGGGAGAAGGGAAAUUUCCCAAACUCAGAUUCCUGAAGUUGGCAGACCUGGACAUAGUCCAGUGGACAAACUCGAAUGAAAGUUUUCCCUGUCUUGAGAAACUAGUGUUGGAAAGAUGCCAGUUAUUGGAGGAGAUCCCUUCCCAUUUAGCAUAUAUUCCGACACUUCAACUGAUUGAGGUGUCCGACUGUGGAUCUGCCAUGGGUGCAAUAAAGCAAAUUCAGGAAGAAUACAUGAAAAGUUCAGGAGAUGAGCUUCUGAAGAUCCUUUUUCACCCUCCACAAUGGGAACAUUUAAGCUCAGGGUUGGAUUGAAAAGGUAAGCUCCAAAGUAAUCCCAUAAUGUCAUUUUCUUAAGCAUCAUUAAGCUCAUGCUCCAGAACACUCUCGUGUAUCGAACCUGUUUUUCAGCGCCAUAUGUCAUGAACUAUUCAAGCGUGUUGCAAUUCUGCAUAAAGCGUGAGAAAGAAACUGUUUUAGCUGUUUAAAUUCUGUAUUACAGCAUAUUUUUGCAACUAUUUGUCUCAUAACCUGAAAUAGUGAAGGAUGUGCACAUCUUGCCUUGUGGAUCAGAAAAUAUGAGUUCUUCAGAGUCUGAUAUGA